GGCGCCCCCUGCGGCCGGGCGGCGGGCUCCCGGCUCCCGGCCGGCGCGGCGGGGCGGACGGGCUGCCGAGCGAGCGGCGCCGCCGAGGCCCCAUGCUGCUGCCCCUGGCCUGCCUGCACGGCCGGGUGGCGCAGUGCCUCACCGCGCUCCUGGUGCUCGCCGAGCCGCCCCCGAGGCCCCGGCGCGGCGCUGCGGCGCGCGGCAAGCCUUCCCCGCACACGGCGGCCGCCCUGCCCGUGAAGAUGGCCGCGGAGCUCUACCCGCCCGCCGGCGCCGCGGCCGCCGCCGCCACAGACAUCGCCAACAGCAACGCGCCGCCGCCGCCGCCGCCGCCGCGGGCAGGAAGGGCCCGCUUGGAGAGCCCCAACUGGCAGUCCUUCCACCCCACCCUGCGCGAGAGGAAUGCGCUGAUGUUCAACAACGAGCUCAUGGCCGAUGUCCGCUUCGUCGUGGGGCCCCCGGGGGCGGCCCGCAGGGUGCCUGCCCACAAGUACGUCUUGGCUGUGGGCAGCUCCGUCUUCUAUGCCAUGUUUUACGGGGACCUGGCGGAAGUCAAGUCCGAAAUCCACAUCCCUGACGUAGAGCCCGCAGCCUUUCUGAUCCUGUUAAAGUACAUGUACAGCGACGAGAUCGACCUGGAAGCCGACACGGUGCUGGCCACUCUCUAUGCCGCCAAGAAGUACAUCGUCCCUGCGUUAGCGAAAGCCUGCGUCACCUUCCUGGAGACGAGUCUGGAAGCCAAGAACGCCUGUGUCCUGCUGUCCCAGAGCCGGCUCUUCGAGGAGCCCGAGCUGACCCAGCGCUGCUGGGAGGUCAUUGACGCACAGGCCGAGAUGGCGCUGAGGUCCGAGGGCUUCUGUGAGAUCGACUGGCAGACGCUGGAAAUCAUCGUGACCCGGGAGGCCCUCAACACCAAGGAGGCGGUGGUCUUUGAGGCGGUCCUGAGCUGGGCCGAGGCGGAGUGCAAGCGGCAGGGGCUGCCGGCCACCCCCCGCAACAAGAGGCGCGUUUUGGGACCCGCCCUUUACCUCGUCCGAAUCCCGACCAUGACCCUGGAGGAGUUCGCCAAUGGCGCCGCGCAGUCGGACGUCCUGACACUGGAGGAGACCCAUAGCAUCUUCCUGUGGUACACGGCGGCCAACAAGCCCAUCCUCGCCUUCCCCCUGACCAAGAGGAAGGGCCUCGCCCCGCAGAGAUGCCACCGCUUCCAGUCGUCUGCCUACCGCAGCAACCAGUGGCGCUACCGCGGGCGCUGUGACAGCAUCCAGUUCGCGGUGGACAGAAGGGUGUUUGUCGCGGGGCUGGGCUUGUACGGGUCCAGCUCUGGGAAGGCCGAGUACGGCGUGAAGAUCGAGCUCAAGCGGCUGGGGGCCGUCCUGGCCCAGAACCUGACCAGGUUCGUCUCGGACGGCUCCAGCAGCACCUUCUCGGUCUGGUUCGAGCACCCGGUGCAGGUGGAGCAGGACACCUUCUACACGGCCAGCGCCGUCCUGGACGGCAGCGAGCUCAGCUACUUCGGGCAGGAGGGCAUGACGGAGGUGCAGUGCGGGAAGGCGACCUUCCAGUUUCAGUGCUCCUCGGACAGCACCAACGGGACGGGGGUCCAGGGGGGGCAGAUCCCCGAGCUCAUCUUCUAUGCCUGAGGCGCCCAGCAGGCCCGGGGGUGGGGGGGGUGCGGGGCCCGCGGCGUGAAAGGCUCCCCCCGUUCUCUGUCUUCCAUACAGUCAGGCAGCAGCUGAAGCUGUGGAACAGCCACUCUCUCUACAGCCUGGGCCUCGGUUUCUGAAUCUUGGCGGCUGGGCCCUGGCAUCUUCUGUACAUUGGGUGCAUGUCUCAGAUGGAGGGCAGAUUGGGGGGCACAGGGCAGGCUCCAGAUCCCCUCCCAGAGGCGCCCACAUCACCUGCUUGCAGGCUUUGCCCUCCCUCCCUGCCACCCUCUUAGAUUCUAUUCUAAGUGGUUCUACACUUAAGACCUUACCCUCAAAUCCAAAAUUGGGGAAAGUCACUUAAAAUAGUUCAUCUGUUUUAGUGGGUUUUCACAAUAAAGUUUUAAUAAAAUGAACCACACAUA